AUGCUGCGGUUGCUAAUACUCCUCUGUACAGCACUUGGCUAUGGCCAGCAAGACUAUGGGCCCCGAUUGCCCGCGACUGCCCCUCCCUCUCGCCCUCCCUCCCGCGUGAAUAUGACCGAUACAACCCAAAGUUCUGGAAAUGACUCGAUGGCGACAAACGUAUCAGGAAGCUCAGGCAAACCCGCGGCUGGACAAGGGCUAAGCUUAGCCGAGCGUGAAGAACAAGAGCUACAGCAGGCAGUAGCUAUGUCGCUACAUCAAGGGAUGGGAACUCAAGAGACGGGGGUGACCGCAGCGGCGCCGAGUCAAGCUCACUUUGGGAAAGCGACGCGUGAUAACUACGAAGAGGGCGCUUGGGCAAUGACUCUCUUCAACGAAACGGCCCAAGAAGUGCUAAUAAGUCCGGAUCCCGAAGAUCGAAAAAGAAUAGGUGAAGAGCCAGUAUUCAUCCGCCCGACGCAGAAUAAUCUCUAUCUUGGAGGGUUUCUUACUAUCAUCCAUGAAAUCCCUCUUGCACGUGAAGCAUUGCUAUUGAGGAAGAAACUCCUCUUCGACUACGGAAACGAUAAACAUUGGUGGAACGGCCAGUCAAUAAACUUACCAAAGAUUGUGACCAUCCACGAAGGAAGCGACGAUAGCGAUUGGGAGGAUCCGAUCUACGAGACACAGCGCUUGAUGGCUUUCCUGGAUUCUACAAAACGCGCCUUCGGAAGCAGUGAUGCUCUUACAAACAUGAGGCAAAUGUACGCAACUUCUUCUGACUCGGAAGAGGCAGUCGCGCGUUUUCUGGAGACAUGGCAUUCCGCUGCGAUUCGAGCAGACCCCGAUAACCCGCUAUCUAUGGCAUUCAUGUCACAUGCUUACAAGCGAGAACUCAUGGAGGAGGAUAAUGAGGAACCGGUCUCUAGAGAAUUAUUUGUAUUUGAGCCCGUCGUGGAUCAGGGCCAUGGGCAAACUUUGUAUGAUGUCCUGGACUCUGCCAUCUGGAGCGAUAGACCUGGAGAGAAUCUUGACGAUGUAUGGCUUGAGCAUGUGGGUGAGAUUCUUGUCAUGAAACUUGACUCUCCCGAAAAUGUGCAAUCAGUGGAUGUGGAGAUUCCAGCUGUAUUCUACCCCGACCGCUAUUUGAGCACUUGUCAACACCUCGCACGUGAAAUGCGCCUGAAAAAGCUUGAAGCCCAACAGGCUGUAAUGAGAAUUGAGCAACUCAUUUACCACUACAAAACACCACCGAACCCCGUGGGUACCCUUUCAAGAAGCGAGGUACUGGAGAAAGCAGCCUCGGCAACGCCUGUAGCUCUGAAGACAGCCCUUGAUGGUAACUCGAAGAGCAUGACUCCCGAGGUAGCAAAAGAGAAAGCAGAGCGUAUUACGCAACAAUUGAGAGCACUUGCCACUAAAAUAGAAGAAAAAGUUAAAGCGCUCGAGGUUGAGAAGCAGAAGGCCCUGGAAACUAUGCGAACUUAUUCUAAAAUGCUCACCGAACCAUCGGAGUCUCCCCAUGGGCCUCCUUCUCACAAAUACACAUUACGCGGUGUCUGUACUAAACCGCAUGUUACGUAUCUCCUUAAGAACCGAGAGACAAAAGACCGAGGAGAUGGCAUGGAUGUUGAUGGUGAGAAGCAGGAUGACAGUCAGUGGUGGCGGAUCAGUUUCUCUACAGAGGACGGGAAGACUCGACGGGCCGAGAAGAUAGAAGCCCAGGGUGAUAAGACGGCCACGCAAAGCGGUGAUGUUGUGGGCUAUACUGCUCGCAAGGUAUCGGAAAUUGAAGUUCUCAAAGCAGCUCGCGAGGAAGGGAGAUCAGUCUUAUUGGUGUAUGCCAGUGAUGCUGCAAUGGAUUCUACAGUGAACCCUGCGCCACCGCAACUUCAGGGUUUCGUGAACAAAGAUAACGAAGUUUUUGCGGUCGAAUGCGACCAGGCCCUCACCGAGGCAGACAACGACAAUUCGAGCGGUCUGUUGCUAAAUAGGACGGGCUCGGAGAAGCAGCCACGCCCACAUCGGCAAGAUCAGGAUGUGAAUGUGUUCGAUUAUGAAGUUCCAGGGUUUGAUAGCGAGGAAGCCGGCCAAGAAAUGCAGGAGAAGAAAAGAUCAAGUCUUUUAACCACAACAGGACCUGGGUCAGCAGCCCAACCGCCGUUGUACCGUCCUGUGGAUGAUAACGAUGACAGCUGGGACCAUGCACCAAGUGAUGACGAGAUGGUUGACCAUGUCGAACAUGCACCCGCACAGUAA